GAUUUCAUUUCAUCAUCUCAUUGCAAACCUUGGCACUACUUUGCAAUACACCAUAAUUUCUCCAUCUUCUUGGCCUCAAUGUUUCUCCUUGUUCUCCUAUUGAUCACACCUUCUACCAAUGCAAAAUGUUCGUUUCCGGCAAUCUUCAACUUUGGGGACUCAAACUCAGAUACCGGAGGUUUCUGGGCUGCCUUCCCGGCUGAAAGGUACCCGUUUGGUAUGACAUACUUCAAGAAACCAUCUGGUCGUGCUUCCGACGGCCGCCUUGUCAUCGAUUUCUUAGCUCAAGGUCUUGGAAUGCCAUUUAUAAGCCCUUAUCUGCAAUCCAUUGGGACCAACUUCAGACAUGGAGCUAACUUUGCAACACUUGCUUCCACUGUGUUACUCCCAAACACCUCUCUUUUUGUUAGUGGAAUCAGUCCUUUCUCUUUAGCUAUUCAACUUAACCAGAUGAAGGAGUUCCGGACUAGAGUCCUUGAAAUCAAUCCUCAAGGUAAUAAUCAUCGUCUUCCACCAAAGGACAUCUUCAGUAAAUCACUCUACAUCUUUGACAUUGGCCAGAAUGACUUCACUGGCAACUUGGCAGCCCUUGGCAUCCUAGAUGUCAAACAAUACCUCCCUCAAGUUGCCUCACAGAUUGCAUAUACAAUUAAGGACAUAUACAGUGAGCUUGGAGGAAGAACUUUCAUGGUGUUCAACCUUGCACCAAUAGGAUGCUUCCCUGCUUUCCUCACAGAGUUACCUCACAACACCUCAGACUUGGACAUGUAUGGCUGCAUGAUGUCCUACAACAAUGCAGUGCUGGACUACAACCUUAUGCUGAAGGACACACUCUCCCAUAUAAGUGAUCAACUCCCUGAUGCUACCCUUGUUUAUGUUGACACUCACUCUGUUAAGCUUAAGCUCUUUCAACACCCCAAAGAUCACGGGUUACUUUAUGGGACUAAAGCUUGUUGUGGUUAUGGAGGUGGAGAGUAUAAUUUCAAUAGAAAAGUAUAUUGUGGGAAUAGCAAGAUAAUUGAUGGGAAACAUGUUACUGCAAAUGCUUGUAAAGACCCAGACAAGUAUGUGAGCUGGGAUGGGAUUCAUGCAACUGAAGCAGCUAACAAACUUGUGGCAUGGGCUGUGUUAAAUGGAUCCAUUUCAGACCCUGUCUUUCCUUUGUUCUAAGUUCUGCGGCCAGAAACCAAUUAAGUAUUAAUGAAAUCAGUGUAAACGCAGAAGCUGUAUCUAUCAAGUUAUUUUCAUAUUACUUGAAUAAUAAAAGGUCUGAUUAUGCACAUGUGUCCUUUGUGAUGUUUAUGAUUGUGUUAUUUUUCUGGAGAAAUAUUAUGGCAUAUCUCGAGUUAGUUUA